AUGGCGCAGAGAAAGAAGAAGCUAACCAGGAAAAAGAAAAACACGGCUGGUAAAGAGCUUGACGUGGACUCUGACGGAGGAGACUUUGAACUAGAUGUCCAAAUUAAAGACGAUGUUUCCCCCAGAGGGAAACUGUCGCGUUUUCCCAUUGCUUCAGACUGCCUGUCAGAUGUGGAGCCAGACACCAGGGAAAUGGUCCGGGCCCAGAACAAGAAGAAGAAAAAAUCUGGAGGAUUUCAGUCCAUGGGACUUUGUUACCCAGUCUUCAAGGGCGUCAUGAAGAAAGGCUACAAGGUCCCGACACCAAUUCAAAGAAAGACUAUCCCACUUAUUCUGGACGGCAAAGAUGUUGUGGCCAUGGCUCGGACAGGCAGCGGCAAGACUGCCGCCUUCCUGGUGCCUAUGUUUGAGAAGCUUAAGGCGCCGCAAGCCCAGACGGGAGCAAGAGCCCUUAUCCUGACCCCCACUAGAGAGCUGGCCCUGCAGACUAUGAAGUUCACAAAGGAGUUGGGAAAAUUCACUAAACUGAAGACUACUUUGAUCCUCGGUGGAGACAGUUUGGAAGAGCAGUUUGCUGCACUUCAUGAAAACCCUGACAUAAUCAUCGGGACUCCCGGUCGUCUCAUGCACGUCAUCCAAGAAAUGAACCUGAAGUUGAAAAAUGUGGAAUACGUGGUGUUUGACGAGGCCGACAGGCUAUUUGAGAUGGGCUUCGCUGAGCAGCUCCAGGAGGUCAUCAGGAGGCUUCCCGACAAUAGACAGACCUUGCUCUUCUCUGCCACGCUGCCCAAACUGCUGGUAGAGUUUGCACAAGCUGGGCUAACAGAACCAGUACUGAUUCGUUUGGAUGUGGACUCUAAACUUAGUGAACAGAUUAAGCUGUCAUUCUUCCACCUGCGAGUGGACGACAAGCCAGCGCUGCUGCUUCACCUCCUGAGGCACGUGGUCAAACCUCAGGAGCAGACUGUGGUCUUCGCUGCAACCAAACAUCACGUGGAGUACAUCAGGGAGCUGUUGUCGUCAGAAGGGGUGGAGUGUGCCUACAUCUAUAGCGCUCUAGAUCAGACGGCUAGGAAGAUCAACAUUGGGAAGUUUGUGCACCGCAAAGCCAUGGUGCUUAUUGUGACGGACGUAGCCGCUCGUGGAAUAGACAUUCCGCUGCUGGACAAUGUCAUCAACUACAAUUUUCCCUCCAAAUCGAAACUCUUCUUGCACAGAGUCGGUCGUGUGGGCCGAGCGGGGCGCAGCGGCACGGCUUAUAGCAUGGUUUGUCCAGAUGAAGUGCCUUUCGUCUUUGACCUUCACCUUUUCCUAGGGAGACCCCUGCAGCUGGCCACACCAGAGCACAUGCCAGACUCAGACGGAACGUUCGGUCGGGUGCCUCAGAGCAUCCUGGAUGACGAAGCCGCCAACCUCAUCACGGCACACAACAACUCGCUCGACCUGCAGAACUUGCAUCGCGUCUCAGAGAAUGCAUACAAGCAGUACCUCAAGUCUCGGCCGAACCCCUCAGCGGAGUCCAUCAGACGAGUGAAGAACAUGGACAUUUCCUGCAUGGCAGUCCAUCCUUUACUUGGGUCUGGAUUGGAGAAAACUGAACUGGAACGCCUUCAGAUAGUUGAUGCCAUCAAGGGCUACAAAUCCAAAUCGACCAUCUUUGAAAUCAAUUCCAAUAGCAAGACAACUGCCAGCGAGGUAAUGCGGGCCAAACGCUCCAAGGACUCGCGCCUGGUGGAUAAAUUCAGCAAAGACAGGGAAAGUCUGGCUGCUGAAAGACGCCUCCGUAAGCCUGUCAACAACCCGACCGGCGAAGACGCUGGUGACGCAGACGAGGACGACGCGCUGCAGGAAGUCUUCUCGGAGGUGGUCGGUGGAAAGAGGAAGUGUCAUCAGGAUGGAGCAGAAGAGCAUCCAAAGAAUAAGCGAGGCAAACGCACGGCGACCAAAGACGAGGAGUACUACAUCCCCUACAGACCCAAAGACUUCAAUUCAGAGCGAGGGUUAAGUCUGGGUACAGAGGGCAGCGCCUUUGAAACCCAGGCAUCCUCGGCUGUCCUUGACCUCAUGGGAGACGAAGGGGAACAACUCAACCAGCACAAGAGGAUUACGAAAUGGGAUCGGAAGAGAAAGCGCUUCGUAACAGGCACGGGCAAAGAGGACCAGAAGAAGAGAAUUAAACUUGAUGGCGGUCAAACCAUCAAUAAGAAGAAGAAUAAGAAGAACUUCUAUGAGGAGUGGAAGAAGAAGUACAAAAUUGAUGAUGUAGCGUCUGGCUCAGAUGGAGAAGGAGGUGGCGGAGGAGUGAAGAAGAUAGGAAGAGGUCGUGGCCGUCGUCAAGGCCAGAGUUCGGGGGGUCCUCAAUUCAUGCCGAACGGAAAAAGGGUGCGUUCCGAGCUGAAGACCAGUCAACAGAUAUUAAAGGGGCGCAAGAAGCAACACAAGCAGCGCUUCCUGCAGAGCGGUGGCCUCAAGAACCUACGCGCCAAGAACAAGAAGUGGCUGGGAGAGGUGAAGAAGUCUGGAUUUGGUCGAGGCAGUCAAAAGAAGGGGAAGAUGAGGAAGAGGAUGUAA